AUGAAUAUAAGCAAAAUAAAGUAUGACGAGAUUGAAGAAUUAAAGAGCAAGAAUGAAGUACUAACAAAUUUAUUAAAUAAGCUAAUAGCUUUUGAUAAGAAAAGAAUAUUUUUAUAUCCUGUGAAUGUACAGUUAGUACCUGAUUAUUUGAAUGUCAUAAAAGAACCUAUGGAUUUUACAACAAUGAAACAGAAACUUCAGAAUUUUAAAUAUAAAAGUUUUCAAGAAUUUGAGAAAGAUGUUCUUUUAAUUAUUAAUAAUUGUUAUACAUAUAAUGACCCAAGUACAAUAUAUUAUAAAUUUGCUGAAGAUAUAGAAACUUAUUAUAAAAAAUUAAAUAUUAAAAUUCAAACGAAAUAUAUGAACAUACACCUAUUUUAUCAUAAAGAUGAUAAAGAAGCCUUAAAUAUUAUACAACAGAAUGCAACCUUAGUUAAUGCUACUAAAAGAAAUUCCUUAAAAGAAAAUAAAAAAAUAGAAAAACAAAAAAAAGGUGGAAGAGUUGGUAGACCAUCUAAAAUAGAUAAAAAUAUACAUAAAAUUAAAUUAGAUAAUAAUCAAAAAGAAUAUAAUAAAAAAGGCGCCCUUAAAAAAAGUCAUAGUGUUAAUAAAUCCAAGCAAGCAUCAAAUCAAAAAAAUAAUAAAAAUGUUAUGAAUGAUCAAGGAUUUAAUAAUAAUAAUAAUAAUAAUAAUAUGAAUAAUAGUAAUUUUAUGUUUCCUCAUGAAUAUAUAGGUACCUUAGAACAUAUAUUAGAUGAAGAACAUUUUCCUUCUUUUGUAAAAAAAAUAAUAAAUUGUAAUGAAAAGUCAGAAGACGUUUUUCAGUUAUUAUUAAAUGCAUUAUUAGAUGAAAAAAGCAAAAUGCCACUUUUGUGUAAUUACACAAAUGUAAGUAAAUCAUUAUAUCAUAUAUUUUUUGAAGAUUCUAUAUUUUAUGAUUAUAACCUUAAAAAUUAUUCCUUAUUAAAUAAUAACGCUGAAAAAUACAAUGACGCUAUAUCUUUAUAUACCGGAAAAAGAGAAUAUUCAUAUGAUAUACUCAAAAAUAAUACAACACAUAAUAAAAGAUCAAAGGUUAUGGGUGAAUAUCAGCAAAAUGAUGAUCAAAAUAGGGGAUCACAUAAUAAAAAUACAGUCCAAAAUUUUCAUAUAAAUAAUAAUAAUGAUAAUAAUAAUGAUAAUAAUAAUACACAACAGCUACAACAUAAUAAUAAUUCUGACCAUGUUGAAGAUGGGUUGGAUACUAAAGAAAAAAGAGAAGACCCGCAUGACGAACACACACACAACCAUUUAAUUGAAAAUGGUAUCGUUGAUAAAUACAAAAAUAUCACUGAUAAAAAAAAUAAAGAAUCCAAAGAAAUUAUAACAUGUAAUAUUGAUAAUGAUGAAAUGACCAUGAAUCUUUUAAAUUAUAAAAAGAGUGUAGAAAAUUUUAUCGGAGAAAAUAAUUUAGAUACAUUUAUUAAUAUAUUCCCAAAUAUAUAUAACAUAUUAAAUAAUACAGAAUCUAAAAUCUUACAUUAUUCUCCAUUUAAUGAUUUAAGAAUAUUCGGAUUUGAUAUAGAAGAUUUUGACGAUUUUAACAACAACAUUGUAUAUAACCAUGAUUUCUUGUUAGGAAUAGGAAGAUACCAUAUAAAAAAUAUAUUAUCCUUAGACGCAAAAUUAUCUAAAAUUUUAUUUAAUGAACAACAAAGUGAUUCACAAUUUUGUAACAAAUUAAAAACAUAUUUAUUACAUAAUAAACAUAAAAAAAAACAAAAAAAAUUAAUUAAUAAAAAUGAUGCACAUAUGAUGAUAGAAGGAAACAUACAAACGAAUCAUAUCGAUAAGGAUGGUAAAAUAAAUGGUAUGUUAAAUAUAUAUGACUCCUUAGACAUAAAUCAACAGCAUACAUAUAACGAUAAUAAUAAUUAUAAUUAUAAUAAUAUUCAAGUAAAUGGAGAUUCUAUAGAUAAUAGUAUAAGCAAUUCUAAAGGUAAUAUAAAUAAUAAUAUAUCUAAUAUAGAACAAUUUUCAGCUUGUUUAAGUGACAGCACUUUUAAUGAUUCAUCAUCUGAUGAAGAAAAUUUAAAUAUGCAGAACUUUUUAAAUACAUACAAUUCCUUUGAUAAGGAAUUUUUAUUCAAUAAUAAAAUUAAUGUUUUAUCAAAUUAUAUAAAUAAUGAUGAUUUUAAAUUUAUUAAAUAA